AUGAUUGGCCAAUCAGAACGCUGCACAUUUCACUCCACCAACCCGGAGCUUACAACGGUCUGCCAAGUCCCAACGCGCAUAGCCGAGCGAAGGCAUGCUAUGAGGUCCGGCGGGGUGCUGCGCUGGCUCCGUGGUAGGCCAGGGACCUCCGCUUUUCUUGCUUUCCUCCUCGUCUACCUUGCAGUAUUCCGCUACUGCAGCCAGGCCUACUAUCGAGAUCCCACCUCGGCUUUCUUCGAUCCUCUUCGAGGCUAUGAGCCAAGAUACUCCGCUGGGCGCCAGAACGACGCUGAAACUUUCAUCCGUAAUGCCAAUCUCACGACCUAUGGCCAAACCACAUUACAAGAUCCCAAAAUGUGCAUCGGUAUAGCGACUGUUGCGCGAGAGCAGGAUCAAUACGUGCGGAGAACGAUUGGCUCGUUGAUUGAUGGUCUUGAGCCAAGCGAGAGAGAGCAGAUCUUCUUAGUUGUCCUUAUCGCUCACGCGGAUCCUCAAAUGCACCCUAUCUAUGGCGAGCCAUGGCUCACCAACGUCGCCGAUAAGACGUUGCUCUACGACGUCAACCAGGGACGACUUCAGAAUUUGAGGGACUGGGAAACAAACAAGGACUACAGGAAGAAAGGGGUCUUCGACUACACCUACGUGCUACAAAGAUGCGUCGACGCUGGAACGCAAUGGAUUGCUAUGAUUGAGGAUGACACACUGGCGGUGGACGGGUGGUUUCCACGAGCCAUGGAGGCACUCCAGAAGGCUGAUGAGCAACACCCAAAUACCGAAGAGAUGGACUGGCUAUACCUUCGCCUGUUCUACACGGAAGAAUUUUUGGGGUGGAAUAAGGAAGAGUGGCGACAGUACUUUGCGGUGUCAAUCGCCGUCACGGGGAUGACGGGGAUGGCACUGCUUCUCAUAAGGCAAUUCCUAUUUGAAAAGACCAUUACAAACAAAUUCAUUGCGGUCGCCUGCCUGGUCUGUGCUCCGGCCUGCAUCUCACUCUACUUCAUGGCCGGACGACUUUCCAUGCAGCCACCGCUCCCAGGAGUAUACCAAAUGCCAAAAUAUGGAUGCUGCGCUCAAGGACUCGUCUACUCCCACAGAAUGGCGUCAAAAGUGAUUACCCGACUAGCUCAGGUUAGAGAAGGUUACGUGGAUCAGGUUGUCGAGGCAUGGGCCAACGAAGCGAACCUGGUCAGAUGGGUGACAAUUCCAAGCCUGCUGCAGCACGUGGGAUCAUCAAGCUCAAAAGGCGACGAUCGUGGAUCAGCGGCGAAAUACGGCCGCAGUGUGGCAGAGAAAAUAUGGAGCUUUAGCUUCGAGGAAUACGGGGAUGAGAACACGUGA